ACCACCAUCUUUUUGUUGGGCUGUUGCUACUCGCUCUCAAUCGCAGCAUAUGGUAUCUUGAUAACGUUGUCUGGCACGCGAUUGAACUCCAUUGCAUCCUUUCUGGAAGGCACUGUACAUGACCGCGUCUUGCCCCCAAGUUUGUGAAUGAUGGACUGGAACGAUUUUGAAGCGAGGGCGAGCAGGGUUAAGCCUGAGCGGGAAAUGAAACCGAAACGCUGCUGGCUUGGUGUACUUUUCCAUGAGAAAACUCCUGGGGAUGAUCUCGAGGAGGUGGAUUUUAUAUGGAUGAUUGGGCAUAACAAGAUACCUCUUCGAAAGAUUCGCGAUACUUACCAGGAGAAACGCGAGGUCACAAACAUUCAGUUGAAGUACAAGGGCACAGUGGUGGAUUUGGAUGAUUGUGUCAAAUCGUUCUCUACGCCCAACUACGACCCCAUCUUCUUCCAUGUAGAUCUAGUUGAGUCCACCCCGCCGCGCACUUCUCUUGCUGUCGGUAUCGAGAGUGGCCGCGAAAAUGUACCCCAGGAGUCAUCACAUCCAUUCGAUCCUGCAGGUGUGUUCAAUCGUGAACUUUCUCCCGAGAUGGAUAGCCAAGACGGGGCCAUACCGACGGAUCAGAAUAUUCGAGAGGUUAUCGCACAAUCGAGUCCAGGUAUCCUUGAAUCUGGAGUUGCACAGUCGAUGAAAGUGCUCGAAGGGUUGAAGCACACGUUCUUACAAUAUGGGUCCAACAAAGAAGCACAAGCAUGGAUACAGGCAAUCGAAAAGUUGAUUCCUCAAGCCGCACGAAAGCGUACUGUCGUCGGUGUUGUUGGUAAUACGGGCGCUGGAAAGUCAAGUGUCAUUAAUGCGAUGCUAGACGAAGAACGCCUGGUCCCGACAAAUUGCAUGCGGGCCUGCACGGCAGUUGUCACAGAGAUGUCGUGGAACGACAGCAAUGAUCCAUCCUCCAAGUACCGUGGCGAGAUUGAGUUUAUCAGCCGAGCCGAUUGGGAGAAAGAACUCAGUGUUUUGAUGAAAGAGUUCCUGUCAGAAAAUGGAACCCUUUCUAGAGAAGCCUCAAAUCAAGACUCGGACGCAGGCAUAGCUUGGGCGAAGUUUCAUGCUGUAUAUCCCAAAAUUGCCAGGGAUGCUCUGGAGGAUUGUACGAUUGACAGCCUCAUGUCCGAAAAGGCUGUGUUGGACGUUCUUGGGACAAACAAGAAUAUUCAUACAGCUCAGCCAGGCCGAUUCUAUCAAGAACUGCAACAAUACGUCGACAGUAAAGAAAAGGUCACCAAGAAGGACAAGAACAAUGACAAAGAGAAGAAAAAGAAGUCAUUCCAGAUGGAGUAUUGGCCCUUGAUCAAGGUGGUGAAAAUCUACAUCAAGAGUCCAGCGCUUGCCACCGGUGCUGUGAUCGUCGACCUACCGGGUGUGCAUGACUCCAACGCAGCGAGAGCUGCUGUUGCUCAGGGCUACAUGAAGCAAUGUACGGGCUUAUGGAUCGUGGCACCGAUCAAUCGUGCAGUAGAUGAUAAGGCCGCCAAAACCCUUCUUGGAGAAUCUUUCAAGCGACAACUCAAGUACGAUGGAGGCUUUUCUAGUGUGACGUUCAUCUGCUCCAAGACAGAUGACAUAUCUAUUACGGAGGCCAUCGACAGUUUGGAGCUCAAUGACGAGGUCGCCGAUCUCGAAGAGGAAGAGCGCAUGCAUAAGAAAAGCAUCAAGGAUAUCGAGAACAAGAUAGCAGACCUAAAAGAAUCGCAGGACGUCUACAAGGUUGCUGGAGCGGAAGCAGACAAAGACAUCGAGGCUUGGGAAGACCUGUCAACCGAGUUGGACGACGGAAAGACAGUAUUCCCGCCACUUCCUAAGAGUAACAAGCGCAAGAAGAGCGGUUCAAGCAAAAAGAGUCGAAAGAAGCGUCAGGUGAGUGAUGACGAGUCAGAUAACGACUUUGUUGUAUCUGAUGACGACACAUCCGACGAAAGCGACGAUGACGAAGAGGAUGACGACCAAGAUAUCCAGGCUCCCCGAGAACCACUGACCGAAUCCGACAUCAAAGAGAAACUGAAGAAAUUGAGAGAGACCAAAAAGAACGCUAGACGCGAGAGUUUGCAAAUCAGAAAAACCAUCGAUGAUCUCAAGCCUCAGAUUCGCGAGAUUCAAGAGAAGAUUGUCGACCUGAAAGCCAAGAUCAGUCACAAAUGUAUUGCUGGUCGGAAUGAAUACUCCAAGACUGCUAUUCAGCGGGACUUCGCGGCCGGAAUCAAAGAGCUUGAUCAAGAGAAUGCUGCUGAAGAGGACGAGGACAAUUUCAACCCUGACGAGGACAAGCGUGACUACGAGGAAGUUGGUAAAUCUCUCCCUGUCUUCUGCGUCAGCAGUCGAGCGUAUCAGCAGAUGUGCGGGCGGCUUCGGAAAGAUGACAGUGUUCCGGGCUUUCUUACACCAGAAGAGACGGAGAUGCCACAGCUCCAAGCUCACUGCAAGAAGCUUACUGAAGCUGGUAGGGUCCAGACUUGUCGCACGUUCCUCCUCAACUUGUGUCAACUUUUGACAACGUUCAAAUUAUGGGCUUCAAACGAUGGCUCUGGAGCCAAUAUGAGCGAUGACGACAAGCGCAAGCAAGUCAAAUAUCUGGAUCGAAAAUUGAAGCAGUUGGACACAGGUCUGGAAGAAGCGAUUGCUGCCUGUGUCGACGAGAUGCGACGGGAGAUGAAACACCAAAUCUUUGACAAAUAUCCGGAGCUGAUCGAAGAAGCUAUGCAAGUUGCACCAGAGACGGCAGAACGUUGGGGUGCUCACAAAGAUCUUGGUGGUUUGCACUACAUGUCAUACAAAGCCACUGUACGACGUGAUGGUGUCUAUCAAUCUCGCAGCGCUGGUCAUCGUGAUUUCAAUGCCGAACUUAUUGAUCCGAUUAUAAAGAGGCUUGCCACAGGUUGGGAGCGUGCCUUUCAACAUCGCUUGCCAAAGGCAUUCGCUACUUACAUUACCAACUCUGGCAAGAUCUUGCACAAGUUCCACGAAGCAGUAGAGGAACGCGCGCGCCAGAAUGGGGUGGGCUUAGCCAACCUAUCCAUUCUCAAAACGCAAAUAUAUACCUACGAGCAACUAUUCAAGGAUCUGGGCACGGUGCUCAUCACACAGAUGACUGAGCUCCAACGUGAGGCCAACCGCGACUUUACUCCAACCAUUGGGAACAGCAUGCACACCGCAUACCAGCUGUGUACUGAUGAACGCGGCGCCGGUAGUUACAAGCGCAUGAAAGAACACAUGUCAACCCAUGUCGAGCAGGAGAGGCAUCAGAUGUUCCGUAAAGCAACGACAACGGUCGAGAAGCAUCUCGAUCAAAUGUGCAAGACGCUGGAAGGAUCAAUGGAGGCUCGAGCCGACGAGAUCUUCAUGCAAAUGCAUGGUGAUUACAUGCAAGUACUUGGUGGUGUACAACGUAGCGAGGGAACGGGCAUGACGAAGGAUGAAAGGGAGCUCAGGUCAGCUGUCAUGGCAUUACUCCGCAAUGUCGAUGCGCAAUUCGAGCCUAUCGCCAAGGGAGAGAUUGAAAUGCAGGACGCUACGAAUGUCGAUGCAGAGACCCAGGUCGAGGAGCCUACUACAGAAGAUGAAAAUGAUGGCGUCUUUGAGGAUGCCCAUGAGUCCGUUCGUGACGGCGCUGAGGAUGCAGUUAUGGACGUCAAUGACGAAACUUCCAUCGCUGGAUCAUCGCGAACGAGGCGUCCGGGAGUGGAUGUUGAUCCCGACAACACAGGCGAUAAGGAAAAUGGCGGGCUGCUCACACCGUCCAGCGACAACGGCAUGGAUGAUGAACUUUAG